AUGCACCAGAUUCCUGAAGAGAGCGAAGCAGAGAAGUACGGAUUGGUGUAUGUCAAGAUGGACGGCAACAUUGGUAACGUAGUGAACGGUGCCGGGCUUGCUAUGGCUACUAAUGAUGCCAUUGCGCUUCAUGGAGGCGCCAGUGCCAACUUCCUUGAUGCGGGUGGUCAAGCAACAAAAGAGACCAUGGUGAAGGCCUUUGAGAUUAUUCUAAGGGACGAGAGGGUCAAGACGAUCCUUGUCAACAUUUAUGGCGGAAUUACUAGAGGCGACAUGAUUGCGGAGUCCAUCCUCGGAGCAGCGAAGGAACUGGGCCCCCUGGAGGUGCCUAUGGUGGUCCGACUCCAGGGCACCAACUCCGAGUUAGGCCUGGAAAUCCUGAAAGAGGCUAAUUUAGGACUGCAUACGGAGGCUGAUUUUGGGAAGGCGGCGGAGAAGGCGGUGGAGCUGGCCAGAAGCAGCAUCAGAAGUACCUAG